AUGUCUACAGGCGUAGCUCUAAUCGGCUCCGGCAUUUUCGCGAAGGAAGAGCAUCUGCCCGCUAUCCGGUCAACGCCAUUGCUCACUCUCAAAGCUGUGUAUUCGCGAUCGCUUGCGUCUGCCAAAGGACUCUCGGAGGGCCUGAGCGAUGUAGAGCUGUAUAGCGAAGAUCAAGAGGGGCGAACUUUUGAUAAGUUGCUUGAAAGGACGGACAUUGCUGCUGUCGUGAUCGCUCUGCCAAUCCUUGUUCAGCCCGAGUUCAUCAAGAAGGCAUUGAGCGCAGGGAAACACGUCCUAGCGGAGAAGCCAAUUGCCAAGGAUGUUGCCACCGCUGUUGAACUCGUGAACUGGUACAACAGUAACAUCAAGAAGACCGGGGGCCCGACCUUCUCCAUCGCGGAAAACUUCCGGUACAUAGACUCGUAUGUAUACGGUGCGUCGCAGGUCGCACAGCUCGGCAGAGUCCUUGGAUUCCGAACUAGAGUCUCCGCAUUUGUCAAGGCUGGAACGAAGUACUUCGAGACCGCCUGGCGCAAAAAGCCAGAAUACCAAGGUGGUUUCUUACUAGACGGCGGUGUUCAUUUCAUUGCUGCAACACGUCUCCUACUCGGAGACGCCGCGAAGCCCGUUAAGAUUGCUGCAUUCAGCACACAAUUGCAGGAACAUCUCCCCCCAGUUGAUACACUGCAGGCUACUAUUCUCUUAAAGAACGGAUCGUCAGGAACUUUUGAUGUAUCCUUUGGAACGACUUUUACGGGCUCUGAAUACGCUGUUGCCGCUGAGAAAGGCACAGUGACAGUCACUCGAGGGAAGGUAGUAGUGAAAAAGGAUGGACAGGAAGAGGUCCAAGAGUUCCCCGAUGAGGGUAAUGGUGUUAAGCAGGAAGUCAAGGCAUGGGCUGAGGGCCUAGUCAAGGGAGAGGCAAACUCUGAACAGAGUCCCGAAGAGGCACUGAAGGAUCUGGAGCUCCUCGAGGCCGGCCUACGAAGUGGCGAGAACAAAGGCGCAGCAGUUGAGCUCAAGUUCUAG